CAAACUUAUUCAGGAUCAAGUACAGUAUAAGUAUCAUUGCUGAUAAAGGACUAAAAAAGCCUCUUUAUACAUCUGCACGUUUGAAGAAGGGAGAAGUUCUUUAUUUAGAAACACAUUCAUGCAGGUAUGAGCUCUGUUUUACGGGAGAGAAGAUGGUCAAAGCUGUGGCAGGAUCUCAGUCACAUGAUUCAGAUACAGAUAAGUCUCAAAAUCAUCUCUCAAACUUUGCAAAUGGUGAAAAGAAUGAAGGUGAUAAUGCUAUGAUAGAUGUUUUUCGUUGGUCUCGCUGCAAGAAGCCCCUUGCCCAAAAGGUCAUGCGUUCUGUUGGGAUCCCACUGCCACUUGAACAUGUGGAGGUUAUAGAAGAGAAUCUUGACUGGGAGGAUGUGCAGUGGUCACAAACGGGUGUUUGGAUAGCUGGAAAAGAAUACAGCCUCGCUCGGGUGCAUUUUGUAUCUUUGAACUGACUAUUUAUUUUGUUUGUGAGAAUUAUGUACAAGUACAACUAUUUGUAUGAAGCUAAGAUUGAUUUUCAGAAUGCAACGUCUAAAUAAUAUAUAAGUUAUUUUCA